GUUACCCCGGGCAACCAUUCUGCACCGUGGGGACCUGAGCCUGGAAAAGGCUUGACGAGUCAAGAUGGCGGAGGACCUUGACGAGCUCUUGGAUGAAGUCGAGUCUAAGUUUUGCAGACCCGACGCACUGAGAGUGGGCAUGGCUGAGCGGCCCAAAGGCUGUGGCGGCGGCACCCACAGCAGCUACCGGAACCGAGCCAAGGCGAAAGAGACUCUCAGAUCAACAGAAACAUUUAAAGAAGAAGAUGAUCUUGACCAACUUAUUAAUGAAAUAUUUGAAGAGCCCAACUUUGACAAAAAACCCUUUAAAUUAAAAUCUAAAUCUUCAGGUAACACAUCUGUCAAAGCUUCCAUUCAAGGCUUUGGUAAAAGUUGCAGUCCAGUGUACCUUGGUGGGAGUGCUAUUCAAUGUGGGAUUGGAACAAACACUUCAUGGAGAGCAUGUGACCAUCUGCGUUGUGUAGCCUGUGAUUUCUGGGUAGUAAGCUACAAUGACUAUAUGUGGGACAAAUCAUGCGAUUAUCUGUUUUUCAGGAACAACAUGCCAGAAUUCCACAAAUUAAAAGCAAAGUUGGUAAAGAAGAAAGGAACCCGGGCAUAUGCCUGCCAGUGUAGCUGGAGAACUAUUGAAGAACUGACUGACCUUCAGACAGAUCAUCAACUUCGCUGGGUUUGUGGUAAACAUUAAGAAUACAGAUUUCACAUUCGGACAAAUGCACACAUGAGAGCAGUCUCCAUUAAUACCAUGUUUAAGUAAAGAUCACCUAGCAAUAUCAUGCCCUUUGGAAAAAGACAGUGAGUUUUAUUUAAUAUAACUACAUAAAUUUUUGAAGACCAAAUGGACUUGGGAAGAUAAUGUGUUAUGAUACUUUGUAAUUAUUCCUUUUUGAUACAUAGACAUUUCACUUAGUAAGUAAGGUGAAAAGUAUCCACAUUCUUUACUAGUGUGUGUCCUGUUAAAUGGAAGCUUAAUUAUAGAGUUUUAUAAAAAUAUAUAGCCUUUCAUUAGUAUUGACUGCUAAUACACUUAGUAAAACAUUCCUUAUUUAUAGUAAUUAAAGCAGAUAAAGCCAACCAGGCCAGAGAAGUCAUUUAGGGAUGUCUACAACACCUCCUCUAGUCAGAUCUAGUGUUGCCAAAGAUCAUAAUUUAGACAUGGCAGAAACCAAGUGAUCACUGGCUAACUUAAGAGUUAUCAGUAAUACAGGUAUGUUGUAAAACACUGCCUUAUAUCUGAUCUUACCUCACCAACUCAAAGCAAUGUUAUGCACAAUAAUAAGUGUAUAUUACCAGUUCUAGAUUAUUUCUCCUCCUUUUGUUCAUUUACAUACCAAAAGUUUGGUUUGUUGUUUUAGUAAAUAUCCAUUUAUAUAUUAAAAAAUUUGUGAUGUACCUAAAAUCACAAAAAUCCUAAUCAGACAGGUCAUUGGUUGUCCAAGUACUUCUUAGUCUUUAAUGCCUAACGCUCCAUCAAGUGAAGUGAACAGCAAGUAAGGUAAUUUUUCAAGCAGCCUGUGGACUUUUUUGAUAGGAUCAGGUAGACAUAUCGUUUAUUAAAUGAGUACAUAGAAAGAGAAAUAAACCAUAACUGAACCAUUAGUUUACCUGUUGGGCUCCUUCUUGACACCACUGAGACUUGAGGAUGCUUGAGACUUGAGGUGCUACAAAAGCAGCACCUUCAGGAAAUCAGGUACCUCAAAAUUCUGGCUCCCAGCCCCAUUGAGAAAUUCUGGGGACUCUCCAAUCUGCCAAAAACUCUGCCACAUAUGUCUACUAUAUAGUUUAAAUGUGUGACACAACGCACACUGAAAAGGAAUAAUUGAAGCAAUGUUAUGAUCUGCUUAGUCUUAUGCUGAAUUCAUUCCAGCCACCCUACGGAAGCAAGGAAGAUCUGAUCAUUAAAUCCCUUUCCUAGCCAUGACAUAUUUGUAUACUUGUAAAACUAACUCUAGUAAGUCUAACAUUGCAAACAGAACAAAUCUCAUAGUGGCUCACACUUUUGUAUUAGGGAUAUGUUUACAGAUUUUAUCUUUAAAUAAAAGUUUUUUACUCCCUAAAA